ACGCGCGCUUGAGACAGGGCGAAGGAAGUUUCAUUUGGCUCUGUGGUGCUUAACUAAAGUUUUCCCCGGAGUCACAGUGGGGGAUUAGACAUUCUGUGGAAAUUGUAACGCUGGAGAGACUGAUCCAGCGGUGGAGGGAACCAUCGUUUUCUUCGGCGUUGAAAGAACAAGUACGCCUGUGAGAUUAGUAGAGGACCGCAAAGGAUUUUUUUCUCCCGCUUUCCAACCCCCUCUUUCCCAAAUCUUCCGACCCCCUUCUCGAUCGGAGAUGGGGAAGGAGCAGGAACUCCUAGAGGCGGCGCGCACAGGAAAUCUUGCCGCCGUGGAAAAGCUUCUCUCUGGGAAACGACAAUCGACUGGAAGUGGAAGUGGAUCAUCGGGGACUGGUGGAAGCAGCAAUAGCAGUGGUCACAAUGCUUCGCACCCGCUUUCCAGCCUUCUCAGUAUCUGGAGGGGUCCUAAUGUGAACUGUGUGGACAGCACUGGAUACACUCCUCUACACCAUGCAGCCCUAAAUGGACACAGUGAAGUUGUGGAGUCACUGUUACGUAACGAGGCCUUGACCAACAUCGCCGACAAUAAGGGCUGCUACCCCCUGCACCUGGCCGCAUGGAAGGGGGACCAACGGAUCGUCAGGCUGCUCAUUCACCAAGGCCCCUCACACCCCAAACUCAACGAGCAGAGCUCCUCUGUAGAGCACAAAGAGUUGAAACGCUGUGGGCCCUUUGACCUGCAUAUUAAUGCCAAGAACAACGACAACGAGACCCCCCUCCACUGUGCCGCUCAGUACGGCCACACCCAGGUGGUGCGUCUGCUGCUGGAGGAGCUGACCGACCCCACCAUGAGGAACAACAAGUUUGAGACACCGCUGGACCUGGCGGCGCUCUACGGCCGUCUGGAGGUGGUCAAGUUGCUGCUCACCGCCCACCCCAACCUGCUCAGCUGCAACACCAAGAAACACACGCCGCUGCACCUGGCGUCACGCAACGGACACCUGGCCGUGGUGGAGGUGCUGCUGGACGCUGGCAUGGACAUCAACUAUGAGACGGAGAAGGGCAGUGCCCUCCAUGAAGCGGCACUCUUUGGGAAAACCGAUGUGGUGCAGAAACUUCUGAGGGAAGGGGUUAAUGUCAACAUGGUGGACAACAAGGGCCUGACUGCGCUGGACACUGUCAGAGAGAUGCCCUCUCAGACGAGCCGGCAGAUAGCAGCUCUAAUUCUGGGUCAUAUGUCAGGAAAUCCCCCUGUUUUGGACUUGCCUCCUCCCCCUCUCCCUCCACCUAAUGAGAGCCCUAGUCCGAGGAAAAAAGGUGAGAUGGAGGUGGUGAGUGCACUGCUCUCGGGGCUGGCCCCAGGGCCUGAGGAAGAGAGCCCGUAUGAGGCUCUGUUUGAGGCCACCUCCUGUCACUCUCUAGACAGCCUGGCUAGCGGGAAGUCCUCCGACAGGGACUCUGGACGGCCUGACAGUGAAGCCGGAAAGAAAGACCGGCUGGCUCACCAAUCCCAACCUGCCCCAGGCCAUGUAGAGGAGCUUAGCUCAGAGGCCCUAUUCACUAACAGCAGCAUCGAUGAGAGGGGGGAGACUGAGGAGGAGGAUCACACGUAUGAACUCCUGCUGUCCGCCCAGACCAAAGUCCCCCAGUCCGCACUGGACCCCCCAUCCCAGAAAGAUGGGAACACUACAGUCAAACAGUCUUCCAACAGUCUCCUACCUCAGCAGCAGAAGCCCACUGCCCCUAGUGACCUCAGACCACCAGGCGAUACGGACAACACUCUGAAGCUCCCCGGACCUUCUGUGGUUGGGCCUGGACGGACGGGACUCUGCUCCACUGGCGAUAACUCCCUACUCGGCCAGGACCUAGUUGCAGUACCUGAAGUGUUCACAGGCCUCUUGCACGGCUCCUCGCCUGUCUUUGACUGUCAGGUGGAGCCCCUCAGCAGGCUGCCAGGUGGGGUACUGACACAGUCCAGCCAAGGCCAACAGCCGGCGCCAGCUCCAACGGUACCCACCAAAACAACAGAAGCUCCGCCUCUGCCUCCUCCAAACAUCAACAUGGCUGCCAUCCUGACAGACUGUGACCCCAAAGCCAUCUAUGCCACAGUGUCUAAGGGGGUGCCCAGGGACAGAGACAGAGACAGGAUGAGGGACUUUGGGUCUGGGGCUGUGCCUGCUGGCAGGAUGCGUCCCCCUGGGGACCUGAAGCUGGCCCGCAGCCUCUCCAAGUCGGACUCGGACCUGCUGGUAUCGCCGCCUAGCGAGGAGGAGGGAGGGCUGGGCAGCCGCAGUGAGUCCGUCUCCAACUGCAGCGCAACCAAGAAGCGGCUGGAGAAGUCGCCCUCUUUCGCCUCUGAAUGGGACGAGCAGAUGCCUCCCACACUACCUCCUCGGAGAUCUCAGUCCUCUGAAAGUAUUGAGAAGAUCAUGACGCUGAUUGGCGCAGGCAUCGAUUUCUCCAGAGACCAGCAGUACGCUACCCCAGGUGGGGCGGCUGGGCGGCUGCUGGAUCAGCCCGUGGGGGACUGGCUGGAACACGUGGGGCUGCCGCAGUACGAGAGCAAGCUGCUGCUCAACGGCUUCGACGACCUGCACUACAUGGGCAGUAAUGUGAUGGAGGAACAGGACCUGAGGGAGAUAGGCAUUACUGACCCAGGACAUCGAAGGAAGAUCCUGCAUGCAGCUCGGUCCCUGCCAAAGGUGAAGGCCCUGGGCUGUGACGGAAGCAUCUCUCUCUCCUCCUGGCUGGACCUCCUGGGCCUGCAGGAGUACCUCCACAACUUCCUGUCCAGCGGAUACCGCAGCCUAGACUGUGUCAAGAACCUGUGGGAGCUGGAGAUUGUCAACGUACUGAAAAUCACCCUGCUGGGACACAGAAAACGCAUCAUUGCCUCGCUGGCAGAACGGCCCUAUGAGGAACCUCCUGUCAAGCCCCCCCGCCUGUCCCAGAUCAGGUGUCAGGACCUGGUAUCCCAGACCUCCUCUCCCAUCAGUCACAUGGACUCCUACGCGGGUCGUUCCAUGGACCCCCUCCUGCCGUUGGGGGAGCCUGGGAGGAGGAAGGGGCCUGACCCAGCUUACGAUGUGGACCCCCACCGGCCCCGCAGUGGAAGACACCGCUCACAUGAGAGGUAUGAGGAGCGGCAUCGGGAGCCCCGCCUGACCCUGCGACCCCCCAGCCUGGCAGCACCUUACACCCCUGUACAGAACUGGCACCACCAGCCUGAGAAGCUCAUCUUUGAGUCCUGUGACUAUGAAGCCAAUUACCUGGGAUCUAUGCUCAUCAAGGAGCUACGUGGGACAGAGUCCACCCAGGACGCCUGUGCCAAAAUGAGGAGGUCGACAGAGCAGAUGAGGAAGGUCCCCACCAUCGUCCUCUCCAUCACAUACAAAGGGGUGAAAUUCAUUGACGCAGCCAAUAAGAACAUCAUAGCUGAGCAUGAGAUCCGGAACAUCUCGUGUGCGGCCCAGGACCCAGAGGAUCUGUGCACAUUUGCCUACAUCACCAAGGACCUGCAGACCAACCACCACUACUGCCAUGUGUUCAGCACAGUGGACGUGAACCUGACCUAUGAGAUUAUCCUGACGCUGGGACAAGCUUUUGAGGUGGCCUAUCAGCUGGCUCUCCAGGCCCAGAGGACCAAACAGCACCAGGUCAUCCCAGCAGGACCUGGGACAGAGGUCAUCGAGACCAAAUCCAGCCGGCCCGUUCCUAAACCACGGGGCAGCGUAAGAAAAUUAGGGGUGGACCCGUUGGAGCUGGUGGGGGACUCCCAGUCCCAGGGCAGUGCCACGUGGCUGGUGGACCCCGUUCCCAAGGACUCCAAGAGGACCAUCAGCACUAAGCGACGGCCACUGUGAGAUGCUCUUGAAGAACUUUCCCUCCUUGUUUUCUGAACAAUAAUCUCCUGACUCCAGUGCUCAGAAAAAAAAUAUAUGAUUCUCUACAGCCAAGGAUCAACUACCUGGAUGAACAUUGUUUUCUAGAAGAAUCUGUAAGAGACCGGCUGUUCCAUUGUUCUAACUCUACACACAUUAGUAGGAACAUUGCCUGUUUCCCUGCAAGGGGAUGGAUGACAACCUUGUUGCACAGGACUAAACUCUAAACUCAUUCCCCCUGGGAUUGGUCCAUUUGGGUUAACAGGGGGAAGGGCACGUACAUACGUAUCCUGUCAGACUUAUUUACAUUCUUUGUGUCGGUUUACCGGAAACUGUCUGGGAAAACUGGCCCUCUGUGUCAGGCUGCCAAAGGAGGCUAGUGCCCAGCACUGUGAUAGGAGAUCUCUAUUGGGAACUAAUGGGGCCUUUUGUUAGGGAACAACAGUGCGCGGGAUAGGACACAGAGGCUCACACAGAAUAUAGUGUCCUACGUAGAGGUGCUCACUGUUAUAGACAGACAGCCUAGUGGGACAUCUAUUUGAGCAUGCCUUUCUCUGUUUAUGACUGGGAUGACUUUGAUUUAAUAUCUAGUGCAAUCCUAAUUUGGAGUGUCAUGAGCACUUUUUGUGAAUGCUUGGAUGCUGGGGAAAUAUUGUGUGCAUCAAAGAUGAUAUGAAGAGGAAUUGAAUUGACUGUUCAUUUAAUAGAGUAAGAACCAAAGAGAUGCCGAAAUGCGUGAAUUGUGCUCUAGCCACCCUAUUACUAUUACUCUAUUACUCUAGUAAUAGACCUGGGUGAUGGUCUUAGGGUAAUAACUCAGCCUAGCUGGUACAUCAGUCAAUAUAGAGCUGAUUAGUGCCAGUAACCUUAAUGACGAGGAAGAGAGCUCAUUAAAUCUCUGUGGAGAGGAGAGGUUAUAUGAAGUACGUUAAAAAAAAAAUAUAUAUAUAUAUAUAUAUAUAUAUAUACCAUUGUUCACAAUCCAAGCAUGUCUUAAUGGACUGAAAGAGGAAGGCAUUAGGUUGGCAAGGCACUGAUUCUAUAUAUAGACAUAAUACAAGUACAUUACUUACUUUUGCUGUGCUAGGUUCAGCUCAUUAAGUCUUCAAAUCACUGUUCACAUACAUCUCAAAUUCAAACUCAUUGCCAUAUUCCAAAUAGUGUUAAGACCCAAUCAACCCACUGUUGAAACUUAAACCCAGCGGUAUGGGGGACUUUCCUUUCCUUCUUUUCCUUUUCAGAGCUCAUGCCUUCUUGAUGUUCAUGUUGUCAUUAAUGGAUGUCUGUCUGUUUGAUUUAGAAUCCACCCUGCCUCAGUCAAUAUUCAGAGUCUGUCUGUGUUUGAUUUAGAAUCCACCCUGCCUCAGUCAAUAUUCAGAGUCUGUCUGUGUUUGAUUUAGAAUCCACCCUGCCUCAGUCAAUAUUCAGAGUGCUAACAUUGAAGCGGCAGUUGAUCAUUAUCUAGAAAAAUCCAUCAUUUUUACAUAUCCUCCGUUUAGUUUUCAGUUGGCUCCGUCAUGUUUUUACAUUAUUUUAACCCCAGUGCUGUGUUGGUGUGUAUCUCCCUUCCAUGUAGCUGACUACCAUGACCAGACACCCAGCCAGAGUGAGAGGUCAGGGGUGCCCAGACCAAUGGUAUUUUGUUGUGGGGCAGGAUGCCCUUUUGGAACCAAGAGAAAGGUCAGGCCCACUUUCCAUGCACCCCUCCAGCCACUGGGGGUCGUGCGUGCAUACACCAGGAAGGCCCUACCUGCUCUCUGCCGCCCCCAGCCCUCUCCUCAUCCUCCACUUCUUCAGCUCCAGGGGUCAGCGCUGUAGCUCUGUAGCAGACAGACAGGAAGUCCGCUAUUGGCUUCUUCCACCCUGUCCUGUCCUUUGACCACUGUGACUGACUGCCCCCAGGCAGUAAACCGAAUCAACCAACACCCUCACUGCAUCCACUUACAUAUACUGAACAAUGGACUCAAUAUGUCAAAACUUGGUCAGUUAACUAGAGCUCACAAAGAUGGGUGUUUGUUUGGUACGUGUCCCUCUUUCAUUGUGAAGCACUCAACUUCAACAUCCCUCAUCUGUUUUUGGUACAAAUUAAACAUGUUUAUCCUUUACAGGCCUGUGAAUGCUGUUCAGACAGACAGGGUAUUCUAUUUAUGGGUACGAGAGUGACAAGUUCCCAGUUGUUUUUUGCCAGACAUUUUGUGACUUGUUUAUCCAUUCCAUGAGAGGUGAAGAUGGUUGCCGCCUCUAGAUUGGUGCCUCAAACAACUCCUCCUCAGAGAGGCCUUUCCCAUACACUUAAAUGUGUCUUCACUGAGGGCUACGCUAAGCUACUUUUUACUCUGACAGUGAUAGUAAUCAACAUAAAUUAUAUAAUUUUGAGCAGAGAAAAUUGAGAUCCUACUUGACUAUCUCAAUACAAUGCCUAUGGGAAAUGAGAGACAAAUUUGGGAAGAAUUGGGUAAAAUGAUUACCUUGUGAGAUGCAGCAGUACACUCACAAGGCUCUCUCCUGUCCAUCCAUCCAAGCACCAGGUCAGCGACAUCAAAGCAUCUCUUCCUUAUUUUCAUGUCCUCAUUCAUAACAUACAGAACUGUGAUAAAUAAUGGAAUAGUGUGCGGGAGGAAGUUUGGACUGCUGUUAAACUGACACUACAGAUCAUAUUUAAACAGGGUGAAUGGAUUUUAUUUGAUAAAAAUAAUAAUAAUGUAUUGUCUUUUUGUACGUUUUAACUGUCCUGAUGCUGGAUACUAUAUGACCAGGCUGGUGUUGGGAGGUAGUCCUACUAAUUGCAUUUUAUUCCCCCUCACUUUAUUUCUGAAUUAAUUUUGAACUAGUCAAACCACAAAACCAGUAAUGUAAGAUUUUAGGUACAAUAAUGUAACAAGCAUUUUCUCCCCAUACGCUAUCUCUCCUGGUACUCUGUGGGCAGCUAGUGAUGAACCUCUGUUGGUAUGUUAACUAGUUAUGGUACACUCAAUAUGGUACACUGGCUUCAACUGGUUGAUAGCACCUGCAGCCAUCAACCUGGUCCCAUCUUCGCGUUUGCACAUUUACUAAGGAUCAUUGGUAGUACAAUGUGACUAUUCUGAUGAUAUUGAUGAUGAAAACAAUAUUGGAUUGUAAAUUAAUCUCUAGCACUCUGUAUUUUGAUACUUGAAUGAUUUUGCUUUUAUAGAUAUCUAUCUAUAUAUAUAUAUAUCUAUAUAUAUAUAUGUAUGUAUGUAAUUUUUUGCCACAUUUGUCGUAAAGAGAAAAAGGACUGUGUCUUAUAAAGUUCAACAUAUCAUGAUACCCAACGAUUGAAAACAAACAGAGAAAGAACUUGGAGCGACCGCACUAAAGAAACAAAGAAAAAGAUUGUAAAUAAUAUUGGGCUUCCAGUCUUUUUAUGAUUAUUAUUUUUCAUAAUUGUACAACUAAUAAAUGAAGAAAUGAUGAACCAGA